UAGGAGGUCUAGCUUCGUCAUAAGCACUCCCAUGGCCGAUUUCUAUUGAUACCCCUCUAUUGGACUGAACAAGCAUUUGAUAAUCUGCAAUACGUACCUGAGGUUAAGGUGAUUUGACUUAAUUCGCCAUCAUGAAUAUCUUCAGGUUAUUAGCCGACUUUUCUCACCUCGCGUCCAUAUUCAUACUAUUACAGAAGAUGAAGUCUUCAAGUAGUUGUUCAGGACUUUCAUUCAAGUCCCAGGCGCUAUAUUUAAUGGUUUUUGUAACGCGUUAUCUUGAUUUGUUCUGGGCUUUCACGGACUCCUUUUACAACACGACUUUCAAAAUCUUGUUCAUCGGCUCGUCGGCUUACAUCAUUUACCUCAUGCUCAACGACUACAAGCCAACGCAUGACCCCAAUACUGAUACCUUCAAAGUGCAGUAUCUCCUAGGGUUUAGUGCUCUAUUGGCGCUCCUUUUCCCGCAUGAUUAUAGCGUAUCAGAGAUUCUCUGGACGUUCUCUAUAUGGCUCGAGUCCGUGGCUAUCUUGCCCCAACUUUUUAUGCUUCAGCGCACUGGGGAGGCAGACACCAUAACGACACAUUACCUUUUCGCUUUGGGAUUGUAUCGCGCCCUUUACAUCCCUAAUUGGAUCUAUCGCUAUUUUGCAGAGAGUCACUUUCAACCCAUCCCUGUCGUAGCUGGUAUCGUCCAGACACUAUUAUAUUCGGAUUUCUUUUAUAUCUACUACACCAAGGUUAUGAAGGGCAAGAAGUUCUCAUUGCCUGUUUAAGUUCGGCGUACAUGGUGACUGGUUUCGUCAUAAACGGUAUUGCGAGUUCCGAGGAGGAUGGUCAACCGUGCAAUUCCGCGGAAAGUUGGAGGGAAAUAUAUGUCUAGCUACCACUGAAUGUUAACUGUUGUCCAGCGACAGGUACUUUUAUGAAGUAGCAAAUAUUCACGCAACUAAUCUUGGUCGGUACGCGCUAUAGGCUUACCCGACCCAUGCGAAGAGGACAG